GCGCCGCCAGCGGGGUCCUGUACACGCAGCAGCUGGGCGGCAGGUUCAAGUUGCCAUAGCUGCGAGUCCGGGCAGUGCAGAGUCGGUUGCACAGCGGCGUCUGGUCAGUGGCACCUUCUGGGUCUCGGGUGGCUGCGGGAGCCGGGUGAGGCCUCGGCGAUGAUCCGGCGUUAAAGACCUGGGUUCUCCUCUGUCUCGGGUGGCUUGGAAAAAGUGUAGGGACAAGCAGAGAUCAUCUCCUUGCCUAGGCCUUUUGCCCUGCACCUCAUGAAGAAAUGAUAGGAGGCAGACGUAUGUGCCUCAGAAGAGCACUGAGCUCAGAGGAGAACAGCACGGAGUUUCCCAGGUGUGCUUUGAUUUGUAUACAUCAAUGGCUGCAUCCUCCAGUGAUUCAGACAACUUCCGCUCUGGAAACCGACUGAGUCGAUGGGCUGCCAGGUCAACAAAGUACACGGGAACUCCAGCUCAUCCUACAGUAGAUGUCACCGAGAAGGUCAAUACUAUAACCAGUACUUUACAGGAUACCAGCCGAAACCUGCGACAAGUAGAUCAGAUGCUUGGACAGUAUCGAGAAUAUAGUAACGGGCAUGCUGGCACCAUAGAACACUUAAAAGAAAGCUUGGAACAAUCCAUCGGUCAACUGCGGAGCCAACGUUUAUUGAGAUGCUCAGGAGGGAGAAGUAUUUCUGUCACAAGUCUAAGUGCAAGUGACUUUGACAGUGGCACUGUAACAGAGAGCCACCGUUUCCCACCCACCUCACCUCUGAAGGACUAUGGGGACCUACAGGGUCUGAACCGAGUCAGGCCCAGAAUUGGUAGUGUCCGCUUUGCUCAGGAGACAGAUGGCGUGGGCCAGAUUCACGCCCUUCAUCGGUCCCUCCGAGACCUCAGCUGUGAACAAGUUCGCCUCGGAGACGAUUUAAACCGAGAACUUGCCAGAAGAAGCCGGUCGGAUGCUGAAACAAAAAGGGCUUUGGAAGCAUUGACAGAAAAACUUAGUGAAGCCUCCAAACAGGAAGUGGUGUCCUCAGACCGGGUGGAGAGGCGGCUUCAGGAAAUUGAAAGAGAGAUGCGCACGGAGAGAGAGCUGGUGGAGAGGCGGCAGGAUCACCUGGGACUCAUCUCUCUACAGCUCCAGGAGGCACUGAAGAAGAAAGAAGCUAAAGCAGAGGAAAAUGAGGGAGACAUGAAAAUCAAGCUGCAGCAGAGUGAAACUGAGAAGACUCAACUUGAACAGGAAUUGGAACUAUCACGAAAGUUAUUGAAUCAGUCAGAAGGCAACAGAGAAACACUUUUGCAUCAGGUAGAAGAACUUCGUAUGCAACUUACGAAAGCAGAAGGCGAUCGGAAAGGUUUACAACAUCAGGUAUCUCAGAUUGCUAAGCAACAGUCAAGCUGUCAGGAUAAACAAGAUGACCGGAGGUUUAGGAGAGGGAUUGAGCGGGAGAAAGAGGAUCUGGAGAAACAGAUGUCAGAUCUGCGAGUACAGCUGAACUUCAAUACGCUGGCGUCUGAGUUAGAGGAGAUGAAGCGGUGUGCGGAGCGGAAAGACAGGGAGAAAGCGCAUUUGGCAGCACAAAUAGAGAACCUGACAUGUGACUUGGAGAGCAGGGAAAAACAGCAGCUCCAGAUGCUGGAUCAACUCAGGGAGCUCCAGGAUCACUUUGCCACCUGUGAUGCCAAGCAAAAGCAUGCUGACCUCCAGAUCUCAGAGCUGACUCACCACGCCGAGGAUGCCGCCAGGCAGGCUGAGCAGUACCUCCUGGACUUCCAGCAGGCAGAGGCUCAGAGACUGGAAGCGGAGAAGAGGAGAGAAGAGCUGAAACUCAGAGCUCAGGAGUCCAUUAGGCAGUGGAAGCUUAAGCAUAAGAAGUUAGAGCGGGAAUUGGAGAAAAAAUCGGAAGCCCUUGGUGAACUGACAGGCAAGAAUAAUCAGAUUCUAAAAGAAAGGGACGAAUUGAAAAGUCAACUUUAUGCAGCAUUGCAACAAAUAGAGAACCUUCGAAAGGAACUGAAUGAUGUCUUAACCAAGCGUGCCCUUCAAGAGGAGGAACUUCAUUCUAAGGAGAAGAAAUUAAAUGAUGUUAAGGCCCAUCAUGCUGACCUUGAACUAGAAGUCAAAGAUUCUGUGGACACCAUCCAGAGGCUAGAAACUGAAUUGAAAAAGCAGACCAAGAUGCAGAGUCAAGUGAAAGUUGAGAAAGCUCACCUAGAAGAAGAAAUUGCAGAGUUAAAGGAAAGCCAGGCCAAGGACAAAGCUCAACUUCUGGCGAUGCAAGAGUCUGUCAAGGACUUGAGUGUCAUCCGAGCAGAGCUCGCUAGUAAACUGGCAGAGGAGCAGAAAGCCAGGAAAGAGGUGCUUAAGAACCUCUCCGACCUCAAGCUGCAGGCCACGUCUAGGGAUGAGGAAGCAGGCGCAAUCAUCACACAGUUAAAGCUAGAACGAGACGUGCACCAGAGGGAGCUGGAAGAUCUCACAUCGUCACUGGAGAGUGUGAAAAUAAAACACGAAGAAAAUAUCCAGGAGCUGAUGAAGCACUUCAAGAAAGAAAAGAGUGAAGCUGAGAAUCAUAUAAAGACUCUGAAGGCAGAAAACUUAGAAGAUAAGAAUAUGACAAAAGUCCACCUGUCCCAGCUUGAGAAUUUGAAAUCACAGUGUAACCGAUUGACAGAGGAGUUGACUCAGACUGAGAAUGAGAACAAAAAACUGAAGCUAAAAUACCAGAGUUUAAAGGACCAGCUAGAGGAAAAGGAAAGACAGAUAAGCAAUGAAGAAGAAAACUUAAGGAGGAUGGAAGAGGCCAGAUUGCAGCUCAAGGAUCAACUUCUUUGCCUGGAGACAGAACAGGAAUCCAUUCUUGGUGUGAUAGGGAAGGAAAUUGAUGCAGCUUGUAAAACUUUCUCAAGGGACUCCCUGGAGAAACUGAAAGUUUUUUCAUCUAGCCCUGAUAUUAAUUAUGACCCACAUCGCUGGUUAGCAGAAAGCAAGACAAAGCUUCAAUGGCUGUGUGAGGAAUUGAAAGAAAGAGAAAACAGAGAGAAAAGUCUGCGACACCAGCUGUUGCUGUGCAGACAGCAACUCCGGAAUAUGACUGAAAACAAAGAAUGUGAGCUACAGUGUCUGUUUGAACAGAUCGAAAGGCAGGAGCAGCUUCUGGAAGAAAUACAUCGGGAAAAGAGAGAUCUGCUAGAAGAGACCCAAAGAAAAGAUGAAGAAAUGGAAUCUCUACAGCCAAAGCUACAGUUUAAGAAUCCACCUUGGGAAGAUGUUAGUCAGACUGCAAUGAAAGAUCAGAAUGAAGCUCAAUUUGAAGGAAAAGCAGACCGUUUAAAUACCUUGGAAACGAUUUCCAGCUUACUCGAAAAUGCUCAUGAUGUUGGGGGGAAAGGUAUCAACCUGGUAAGGAGACUAGAGGAAGGAUUCCCCACGGAGGGCACAAGUACGCGAGUGGCCUUGGACCAUCUGGAGUCUGUGCCUGAGAAACUGAGCAUACUUGAAGACUUCAAAGACAUCAGAGGCUCUCAGAGUUUAUCGGAAAGAAUUGAUAGGAGAUCCUCUAAGUACAGAGUUCACAGAGAUUCUCUUCAGCAGUGCCGAGACGACAAGUACAGAAUCAAAAACUUCAAAACACAUUUGGGGGCUGCUGUUGAGUCAUCUUUUUCAUCCAGCAAGCUGCCAAAAAACCUUCCAUCUCCACUCCUGUCCUCUGUCUUUCUCAGCCCACAGGCCUCCAGACAAAACGGCAGCAGAGCAUCUGCUGAAGGCCAUGCCUGGGGGCUAGAGCACUCAUCAUCUUGGCCAGGCCACAGCCAGGAUCACUGUCACUUCCUGUCUAGUCCUCAGUUUUCACUCUUGAACGCCUUUACCCAGAAAACCGUUGGUGCAGACUCACGUUCAAUCAAGGAAAAUGCCAGAAGGUUACUGAUGGAUGGAACGAGUCCACGAUCUAAAAAAGAGGAAUAUGAAAGCAAAAAAAGCAAAAUGUAAUUUACUGCUUUGCAUGAGUGUUAUGUAAAAGAUGAAUUAGCUAUCUUUGUUGCAUUUUGGCCCAGGGUAUCUAGCCGACAUCUCCACAACUUCUACUGCAAAUAAAGCUCACUACCAGUAGGGCUGGAAUUAAAGCAACCCAAGUAAUACCAGCUUGUGACUUCCAUGCAACUAACUUAUUGACAAUAUAUACCAACAGAGAGGGAGUGGUUUUUUCAAGUGUGAUCAAUUCUAUUUUCCAAUGAAAUUUUGAAUUUAUAAUUGAGUUCUUUCAAAAAUUACUCACUAAAAGGAAGUUACCCUUGAGGUAGAAACUGCAAGCACUUUAGAUUCAGGGAACAGUUAUAUACAAUUGAUUUUUAAUGCUUUCUCCCUACGAAAUUAUCAUGUGCUGUGACAUGUCACGGAGACGUGCAUUUAAUAGUAGACAGUCACUCUAUAAAUACUGAGGGUUGUUGCUAGGUCUCAUUCCAGCAGCCUGUUACAGCGUGCAGUAUCUGAAGAUCACUUCCAUCAUCAGUUUGUAAUAGCAAUGAGGAAUUUACUAAUGAUGACUGAAGUAUAGAGCUCUGUGAAGACUUCAUAGCAUAGUUUAUUUAUUUGUCUCCUCCGGGUAGAAUAUCCCACUGUAGUCACUUCAGUCUUGUCUCAGACCAUAGUUGGUUGACUCAGGCCACGCGUGAUGUGUCUCUGCAGAGUUCUCAUACCAUAGUUUGGUGUGAUCAUGCAAGCAAGCUCUUCUCAACAUCAAAGUGUUUGUUAAGAACUUAUCCCCAUUACAUGCUGAUCUCCUCAUGGAGAAAGAUGAAUUAUAAUUAAUGGUUGACAUCAGGAAUUGAAUCACAGUGGGUUAUGUGAAAAAAAACAACUCAGAAAAAGGAACAAUAAAGCAAUACCUUUAUAAUGUGUAUUGCAUUUUGUUUGUUAAAGAAUGCUUGCUGGACUUCUCGUACUUCAUAAAGAUGCUCUACUGCCA